GUGUAACACCGUCGGAACACAAAAUUUAGGGUGAUGUACUACAGCCGGACAUUUCAACCAGCGCACUUCUGUCCAAAGUAGCAGACUCAUUGUAUCCUGACACUAUCAUCGCAGGCCUGCAUUUCUUUCCGCCAGUAACAACAUACAGUUAUCAUCAUGUUCCUGACGAGGUCCGAAUAUGACAGAGGAGUAAACACGUUUUCUCCAGAGGGACGUCUGUUCCAAGUGGAGUAUGCCAUUGAGGCCAUAAAGCUGGGGUCCACUGCCAUUGGCAUUCAAACAUCAGAAGGAGUCUGUCUUGCUGUGGAGAAAAGGAUAACCUCUCCUCUGAUGGAGCCCAGCAGCAUCGAAAAAAUCGUUGAAAUUGAUACACACAUAGGUUGUGCCAUGAGUGGUCUGAUUGCUGAUGCCAAAACACUUAUUGACAAGGCAAGAGUGGAAACACAGAACCAUUGGUUCACAUACAACGAGACGAUGACUGUGGAGGCAGUGACACAGGCUGUCUCCAAUCUGGCACUGCAAUUCGGGGAGGAAGACGCCGACCCUGGUGCCAUGAGUCGGCCAUUUGGUGUGGCACUUCUGUUUGGAGGCAUGGAUGAGAAGGGACCCCAGCUGUACCACAUGGACCCAUCUGGCACUUUUGUGCAGUGUGACGCAAGAGCCAUUGGAUCAGCUUCAGAAGGCGCCCAGAGUUCACUGCAAGAGGUCUACCAUAAGUCCAUGACAUUAAAAGAUGCCAUCAAGUCUUCCCUCACCAUUCUGAAACAAGUCAUGGAGGAGAAACUGAAUGCCACUAACAUCGAGCUUGCCACCGUGGAGCCUGGGAAGACCUUUCACAUGUACUCAAAAGAAGAGCUAGAAGAGGUCAUCAAGGACAUUUAAAAGAUUCCACCAUAAA